AUGGAAGAGCCAGGCAUUUUGAGGGAAGGAUGUACUGAAGAAGAGGAAGCCGCAGCGAAGAGUGAAGGAUUAUCAAGGCACUACCUGGAUGGCUCGGCGUUGAAACAAUGCAGUGAAGGAUUUGCUGAUCAAAACUGCGGCACUGAAGAAUCAGAUCAAGGGGUUUCUGGUAAGGUUGAUUCAACACUUGUGGAUCAGCAAAAUGAACUUCCUGUGGAGGACCCAGCAGGUGGCUCUGCCAUUGCAGAGGAGACUGAAGUCGAAGGCAAGCCCAUGGAAAAUUCUCUGAAUGAUGCACUUGGAGAGGUGCCUGAAGCCGUACCAGUGGAAACCGAAGGCACCGCCAUGGAAAAUACUCUGAAUGAUGCAAUUGGGGAGGAGCCCGAAGCCGUACCACUGGAAACGAGAGGCAAGACCAUGGAAGAUACACUGAACGAUUCAGGAUCGUUGCCCUUGAAGAGCCAAGGUGACCUUCAAACGGAGGAACAUGACGAUGGAGGUAAACUGGGUGCUUCUGAAGCAACAGAGGGCAAUGACACCAUGCCUGCAGAGACUGUAUCAUGUGCAACAGGGGCAAAUUCUGCAGUACCUGUGCCAGAAGCGGGCAAGCCGGAAGACGGUUCUGAAGGAGCACCUCCAGAGGAAGAAUCAGCAGAAGCUACGGCCCCUGCGACGCACGAUAACUGUCCGAAGGGCGACGACGACGACAAGAACAAGGAGGGACUGAGCGACGAGGACCAGAAGCUGAAGGAGAUGCUGCAGAAGCUCCUCGUGUCCGGCAACGACCAGAUGGGGAUCAUCGCGGAGCUGAGCGACAAGGUGAAGUCGCUGGAGAGGAAGCUCGCGGUGCACAAGAGGAGGAGGCCCAAGGUGAGGGUGCAGCACAGGGCAGUCAGGGACACGACGGCCAACAACGUCCACUGA